AAAUAUCGUUUACCAUUUCCAAUUCCUUUCGCCGCCUGUUUUCCAUCUACCGUUCCAGGUGAUGAUGGAUGAAGAAAGAGAAGAAGACGACCCGUCGUUCACAAUUCUCUUUUCGAUCGAUUCUGAAGCAUAACCCCAGAUCUAGGGUUAGGGUUUUGAAUUCUACAAUCGACUUCACCCCUUGAUCGUUCGUUCGGAAUGUCGCAACCGGAUUCGUUCUCCUCUCCUUCUUCUCCGCCUGUGAUUCGCGAAGAAGGAGGGUUUCAAAGAUUCGACCAUGGCCGCGAUCACGGUUUCGAUCGAGAUCGACCACCCUGGAACCGCGAUCGCCGUCAUGAUAGCUUCGCUCACCGUCAUGGAAGCGUUGCAACGUCGGAUAACGCGGGGGAUUCGACUACAGAUGAUCCCUGGUCUUGUGUUGUCGUGGUCGUGACCUUCUACGUCUUCGUGUCGAUGACUUUGAUAAUGGGGUUAUACGGGACAACGACCGUAUGGCUCGGACCCAACUCCUCUUUCCUAGUACAGCCAACUUCUGUUUUCGUACAAAGCGUGAUAGUGGAACAAUUAGACAAGAGACCUGGAAUGCUGCUGUAUGGUUUGGAUAAGACCCCAGAGCUUGAUGUUUUGAUUAAUUGGUCUGAAGUCCACUAUUUAGCUGUUCCAUAUGAUUCUUACAAGUAUUGGAUACAGUAUCUGAAUAAGGGCUCACAGAUAAAAGUUUCAUACAAUGUUGAAUCCCCAGGUUCUUCCCUCUAUCUCGUAAUAGCCGAAGGGACAGAAGGGCUCUCUGAGUGGGUACAAGAUCCUACACGUCCUGACAAAACAUUAUCGUGGAAUCUAAUUUAUGGCAGUGGUGUGAUUCAGCAGGACAUAACUAAGUCAUCGAGCUAUUACAUUGCAGUGGGCAAUGUAUACCUGAACGAAGUGAAGGCUACAUUAGACUUUCACCUUGACGCUGUAUUGUACAAUACUACUGAAGCUUACUAUAACUGCAAUUUCCCUAAUGCAAAAUGCAGUUUUAAUGUUCCAUUUUUUGGAGCAAAUGCUGCUGUACUAACCUCACCAGGUCCACAGCAGAACAUUUCGAAGAACGAGUUCUGUGUAAAAGUGUCAUAUGAACCAAGAUGGCUAGCAUACAUCGUUUGCAUUGGUGGAGUGACUGCACUCUUGGUAGUACUCUACAGCAUAUUUAAGAAGCCACAAUCAAACACUGAAGCUGAAGCAACUGCUCAGAAUGGAGAAACGGCUCCUCUAGUGCCAGGAAAAGAUGAUGAUGUAUCGAGCUGGUGCUCAUCCUACAGUUCUAUCAUGACAAGUACCGAAGAGAUUGAAGGGCACGAGGGUGAAAACAACAGUGGCACCCGAUACCUCUGUGCGAUAUGUUUUGACGCUCCCAGAGACUGCUUCUUCCUCUCUUGUGGUCAUUCUGUCGCUUGCUUCCAAUGUGGGACUCGGAUAGCGGAAGCAUCUGGUAAUUGCCCCGUCUGCCGCAAGAAGAUUAGGAAGGUAAAGAAGAUUUUUAACGCCUAGAAAGAAAGAAAAAAAAGAAACUUCAAAAAAAUGCAGAUUUUGCUACAUUUCCACAUUUGUAAAUUGCCCAUUAUUUUACAUAAACUUUGUUACGCAGCACAAUGUUAGAGAUCAACGUGUAUUCGGUCCGAGUUU